AUGGGCCGCACUCUGGCGUAUACGACCGUGAAGUUCUUCAACAAGAAGGGCGAGCUGGCUGCGAGGGGUAGCCACACCAAUCAGGGAGACGAGGAAACUGACUCUUCGGAGGUACUUCCCUCUGCCACGACGAGCGCAUGCAAACGCGCUGACUAUCACCAAGCCCACGGUACUGACGAGAAGCAGCGCGGCGAUUGCGACCAGCAUGCGGUUAGCUGCGAUGCGGUUGCUGCCGCCCUGGCCCUGAGUUGGAACGACAAACGGGCUCGAAGUCGCGUCAUCAUACACGGACCUGUCGGCAUCGACAGCAAGCCCAAACUGCGCGAUGGCCAAAAUAAUGAGGAGCGCGGUAAAGCAAUACACGACGAGCCUUGCGAAACGGGGAUGGCUAGUGUGGCCACCCGCCUGAGGGAUCUGGAUGGCGAAGAGGAGUUCCCAAAUAGCGCAAAUGAGUAA